AUGGAGUCUGUCAAUGUCAGAUUUGAUGAAUCAGAGGAUAGGGAAGAGAUAAUUGAAGAGGAUGAAUCUCCUGUUUUAUUUGUUCCUCCAGUUGGUCCAUCUGAGCCUACGAAAGCAGCUAAUGAAAUAAGCCAAUCUUGUUAUCUUUCCUUAAUCGAGCCUAAGAAUGCAAAUGAGGCGUUAUUGGAUGAACAUUGGAUUUGUGCUAUACAAGAUGAACUAGAACAAUUCAAGCGUAAUGAUGUGUGGGAGCUGGUUCCUAGGCCUACUGAGUCAAAUAUUGUUGGGACGAAGUGGAUCUUUAAGAACAAGUCAGAUGAGUUUGGUAAUGUGGCCCGAAAUAAGGCUCGCCUGGUGGCUCAAGGGUAUAAUCAGGUGGAAGGAAUAGACUUUGAAGAAACGUUUGCUCCAGUAGCAAGGCUUGAAUCUAUUAGAAUGCUUCUUGCCAUUGCCUGUCAACUUAAAAUGAAGCUUCAUCAAAUGGACUUAAAAAGCGCAUUUCUCAAUGGAAUUCUUCAAGAAGAAAUUUUUGGCAACAAAUUGGUUUUAAAGAUCGACAUUUGUAUGAUCAUGUGUAUACGCUGA